AUGGCAGAAAUAUCAUUAAAUAAUAAGUCUAAUCUAAAAUGCGAAUUUAACUGGUCUUUACCUCAAUCCACAACAGAAGAAAGCAGUUCAAAUCAAGAAUCCAGUGCAGAAGAAAAUCAAAUGACAGAAGUGCCAUGGACACUAUCAACAAAGCUUCCUCAAACUAUAGGUAUAUUUUCCAGUCAAAGUGUAGAUGAAGAUAAAACAUCUGAAGAAUAUACAAGGACGCUAUCGAUUUCUCCCCUUCAAACAAGUACAAUGGCAAAUAGUUUACCUACAGUUUCGAGUGCAGAAGAUCAAACAAUUCAAAAGGAAACAACGGAAUUUUUAACAUCUUUACCUCAAUCCACAACAGAAGAAAGCAGUUCAAGUCCAGAAUCCAGUGCAGAACAAAAUCAAAUGACAGAAGUGCCAUGGACACUAUCAACAAAGCUUCCUCAAUCAGGCACUCAAACUAUAAGUAUAUUUUCAAGUCAAAGUGUAGAUGAAGAUAAAACAUCUGAAGAAUAUAUAAGGACGCUAUCGAUUUCUCCCCUUCAAACAAGUACAAUGGCAAAUAGUUUACCUACAGUUUCGAGUGCAGAAGAUCAAACAAUUAAAAAGGAAACAACGGAAUUUUUAACAUCUUUACCUCAAUCCACAACAGAAGAAAGCAGUUCAAGUCCAGAAUCCAGUGCAGAACAAAAUCAAAUGACAGAAGUGCCAUGGACACUAUCAACAAAGCUUCCUCAAUCAGGCACUCAAACUAUAAGUAUAUUUUCAAGUCAAAGUGUAGAUGAAGAUAAAACAUCUGAAGAAUAUACAAGGACGCUAUCGAUUUCUCCCCUUCAAUCAAGUACAAUGGCAAAUAGUUUACCUACAGUUUCGAGUGCAGAAGAUCAAACAAUUCAAAAGGAAACAACGGAAUUUUUAACAUCUUUACCUCAAUCCACAACAGAAGAAAGCAGUUCAAGUCCAGAAUCCAGUGCAGAACAAAAUCAAAUGACAGAAGUGCCAUGGACACUAUCAACAAAGCUUCCUCAAUCAAGCACUCAAACUAUAAGUAUAUUUUCAAGUCAAAGUGUAGAUGAAGAUAAAACAUCUGAAGAAUAUAUAAGGACGCUAUCGAUUUCUCCCCUUCAAACAAGUACAAUGGCAAAUAGUUUACCUACAGUUUCGAGUGCAGAAGAUCAAACAAUUCAAAAGGAAACAACGGAAUUUUUAACAUCUUUACCUCAAUCCUCAACAGAAGAAAGCAGUUCAAGUCAAGAAUUCAGUGCAGAAGAAAAUCAAAUGACAGAAGUGCCAUGGACACUAUCAACAAAGCUUCCUCAAUCAGGCACUCAAACUAUAAGUAUAUUUUCAAGUCAAAGUGUAGAUGAAGAUAAGACAUCUGAAGAAUAUACAAGGACGCUAUCGAUUUCUCCCCUUCAAUCAAGUACAAUGGCAAAUAGUUUACCUAGAGUUUCGAGUGCAGAAGAUCAAACAAUUCAAAAGGAAACAACGGAAUUUUUAACAUCUUUACCACAAUCCACAACAGAAGAAAGCAGUUCAAGUCAAGAAUCCAGUGCAGAAGAAAAUCAAAUGACAGAAGUGCCAUGGACACUAUCAACAAAGCUUCCUCAAUCAGGCACUCAAACUAUAAGUAUAUUUUCAAGUCAAAGUGUAGAUGAAGAUAAAACAUCUGAAGAAUAUACAAGGACGCUAUCGAUUUCUCCCCUUCAAUCAAGUACAAUGGCAAAUAGUUUACCUACAGUUUCGAGUGCAGAAGAUCAAACAAUUCAAAAGGAAACAACGGAAUUUUUAACAUCUUUACCUCAAUCCACAACAGAAGAAAGCAGUUCAAGUCAAGAAUCCAGUGCAGAAGAAAAUCAAAUGACAGAAGUGCCAUGGACACUAUCAACAAAGCUUCCUCAAUCAGGCACUCAAACUAGUAUAUUUUCAAGUCAAAGUGUAGAUGAAGAUACAUCUGAAGAAUAUACAAGGACGCUAUCGAUUUCUCCCCUUCAAUCAAGUACAAUGGCAAAUAGUUUACCUACAGUUUCGAGUGCAGAAGAUCAAACAAAAAAGGAAACAACGGAAUUUUUAACAUCUUUACCUCAAUCCACAACAGAAGAAAGCAGUUCAAGUCAAGAAUCCAGUGCAGAAGAAAAUCAAAUGACAGAAGUGCCAUGGACACUAUCAACAAAGCUUCCUCAAUCAGGCACUCAAACUAUAAGUAUAUUUUUAAGUCAAAGUGUAGAUGAAGAUAAAACAUCUGAAGAAUAUACAAGGACGCUAUCGAUUUCUCCCCUUCAUUCAAGUACAAUGGCAAAUAGUUUACCUACAGUUUCGAGUGCAGAAGAUCAAACAAUUCAAAAGGAAACAACGGAAUUUUUAACAUCUUUACCUCAAUCCACAACAGAAGAAAGCAGUUCAAGUCCAGAAUCCAGUGCAGAAGAAAAUCAAAUGACAGAAGUGCCAUGGACACUAUCAACAAAGCUUCCUCAAUCAAGCACUCAAACUAUAAGUAUAUUUUCAAGUCAAAGUGUAGAUGAAGAUAAAACAUCUGAAGAAUAUACAAGGACGCUAUCGAUUUCUCCCCUUCAAUCAAGUACAAUGGCAAAUAGUUUACCUACAGUUUCGAGUGCAGAAGAUCAAACAAUUCAAAAGGAAACAACGGAAUUUUUAACAUCUUUACCUCAAUCCACAACAGAAGAAAGCAGUUCAAGUCAAGAAUCCAGUGCAGAAGAAAAUCAAAUGACAGAAGUGCCAUGGACACUAUCAACAAAGCUUCCUCAAUCAGGCACUCAAACUAAAAGUAUAUUUUCAAGUCAAAGUGUAGAUGAAGAUAAAACAUCUGAAGAAUAUACAAGGACGCUAUCGAUUUCUCCCCUUCAAACAAGUACAAUGGCAAAUAGUUUACCUACAGUUUCGAGUGCAGAAGAUCAAACAAUUCAAAAGGAAACAACGGAAUUUUUAACAUCUUUACCUCAAUCCACAACAGAAGAAAGCAGUUCAAGUCAAGAAUCCAGUGCAGAAGAAAAUCAAAUGACAGAAGUGCCAUGGACACUAUCAACAAAGCUUCCUCAAUCAGGCACUCAAACUAUAAGUAUAUUUUCAAGUCAAAGUGUAGAUGAAGAUAAAACAUCUGAAGAAUAUACAAGGACGCUAUCGAUUUCUCCCCUUCAAUCAAGUAAAAUGGCAAAUAGUUUACCUACAGUUUCGAGUGCAGAAGAUCAAACAAUUCAAAAGGAAACAACGGAAUUAACAUCUUUACCUCAAUCCACAACAGAAGAAAGCAGUUCAAGUCAAGAAUCCAGUGCAGAAGAAAAUCAAAUGACAGAAUAUAUUUUCAAGUCAAGUGUAGAUGAAGAUAAAACAUCUGAAGAAUAUACAAGGACGCUAUCGAUUUCCCCUUCAACAAGUACAAUGGCAAAUAGUUUACCUACAGUUUCGAGUGCAGAAGAUCAAACAAUUCAAAAGGAAACAACGGAAUUUUUAACAUCUUUACCUCAAUCCACAACAGAAGAAAGCAGUUCAAGUCAAGAAUCCAGUGCAGAAGAAAAUCAAAUGACAGAAGUGCCAUGGACACUAUCAACAAAGCUUCCUCAAUCAGGCACUCAAACUAUAAGUAUAUUUUCAAGUCAAAGUGUAGAUGAAGAUAAAACAUCUGAAGAAUAUACAAGGACGCUAUCGAUUUCUCCCCUUCAAUCAAGUACAAUGGCAAAUAGUUUACCUACAGUUUCGAGUGCAGAAGAUCAAACAAUUCAAAAGGAAACAACGGAAUUUUUAACAUCUUUUCCUCAAUCCACAACAGAAGAAAGCAGUUCAAGUCAAGAAUCCAGUGCAGAAGAAAAUCAAAUGACAGAAGUGCCAUGGACACUAUCAACAAAGCUUCCUCAAUCAGGCACUCAAACUAUAAGUAUAUUUUCAAGCCAAAGUGUAGAUGAAGAUAAAACACCUGAAGAAUAUCCAAGCACGCUAUCGAUUUCUCCCCUUCAAUCAAGUACAAUGGCAAAUAGUUUACCUACAGUUUCGAGUGCAGAAGAUCAAACAAUUCAAAAGGAAACAACGGAAUUAACAUCUUUACCUCAAUCCACAACAGAAGAAAGCAGUUCAAGUCAAGAAUCCAGUGCAGAAGAAAAUCAAAUGACAGAAGUGCCAUUGACACUAUCAACAAAGCUUCCUCAAUCAGGCACUCAAACUAUAAGUAUAUUUUCAAGUCUAAGUGUAGAUGAAGAUAAAACAUCUGAAGAAUAUACAAGGACGCUAUCGAUUUCUCCCCUUCAAACAAGUACAAUGGCAUAUAGUUUACCUACAGUUUCGAGUACAGAAGAUCAAACAAUUCAAAAGGAAACAACGGAAUUUUUAACAUCUUUACCUCAAUCCACAACAGAAGAAAGCAGUUCAAGUCAAGAAUCCAGUGCAGAAGAAAAUCAAAUGACAGAAGUGCCAUGGACACUAUCAACAAAGCUUCCUCAAUCAGGCACUCAAACUAUAAGUAUAUUUUCAAGUCAAAGUGUAGAUGAAGAUAAAACAUCUGAAGAAUAUACAAGGACGCUAUCGAUUUCUCCCCUUCAAUCAAGUACAAUGGCAAAUAGUUUACCUACAGUUUCGAGUGCAGAAGAUCAAACAAUUCAAAAGGAAACAACGGAAUUUUCAACAUCUUUACCUCAAUCCACAACAGAAGAAAGCAGUUCAAGUCAAGAAUCCAGUGCAGAAGAAAAUCAAAUGACAGAAGUGCCAUGGACACUAUCAACAAAGCUUCCUCAAUCAGGCACUCAAACUAUAAGUAUAUUUUCAAGUCUAAGUGUAGAUGAAGAUAAAACAUCUGAAGAAUAUACAAGGACGCUAUCGAUUUCUCCCCUUCAAACAAGUACAAUGGCAAAUAGUUUACCUACAGUUUCGAGUGCAGAAGAUCAAACAAUUCAAAAGGAAACAACGGAAUUUUUAACAUCUUUACCUCAAUCCACAACAGAAGAAAGCAGUUCAAGUCAAGAAUCCAGUGCAGAAGAAAAUCAAAUGACAGAAGUGCCAUGGACACUAUCAACAAAGCUUCCUCAAUCAGGCACUCGAACUAUAAGUAUAUUUUCAAGUCAAAGUGUAGAUGAAGAUAAAACAUCUGAAGAAUAUACAAGGACGCUAUCGAUUUCUCCCCUUCAAUCAAGUACAAUGGCAAAUAGUUUACCUACAGUUUCGAGUGCAGAAGAUCAAACAAUUCAAAAGGAAACAACGGAAUUUUUAACAUCUUUACCUCAAUCCACAACAGAAGAAAGCAGUUCAAGUCAAGAAUCCAGUGCAGAAGAAAAUCAAAUGACAGAAGUGCCAUGGACACUAUCAACAAAGCUUCCUCAAUCAGGCACUCAAACUAUAAGUAUAUUUUCAAGUCGUGUAGAUGAAGAUAAAACAUCUGAAGAAUAUACAAGGACGCUAUCGAUUUCUCCCCUUCAAACAAGUACAAUGGCAAAUAGUUUACCUACAGUUUCGAGUGCAGAAGAUCAAACAAUUAAAAAGGAAACAACGGAAUUUUUAACAUCUUUACCUCAAUCCACAACAGAAGAAAGCAGUUCAAGUCAAGAAUCCAGUGCAGAAGAAAAUCAAAUGACAGAAGUGCCAUGGACACUAUCAACAAAGCUUCCUCAAUCAGGCACUCAAACUAUAAGUAUAUUUUCAAGUCAAAGUGUAGAUGAAGAUAAAACAUCUGAAGAAUAUACAAGGACGCUAUCGAUUUCUCCCCUUCAAUCAAGUACAAUGGCAAAUAGUUUACCUACAGUUUCGAGUGCAGAAGAUCAAACAAUUCAAAAGGAAACAACGGAAUUUUUAACAUCUUUACCUCAAUCCACAACAGAAGAAAGCAGUUCAAGUCCAGAAUCCAGUGCAGAAGAAAAUCAAAUGACAGAAGUGCCAUGGACACUAUCAACAAAGCUUCCUCAAUCAGGCACUCAAACUAAAAGUAUAUUUUCAAGUCAAAGUGUAGAUGAAGAUAAAACAUCUGAAGAAUAUACAAGGACGCUAUCGAUUUCUCCCCUUCAAACAAGUACAAUGGCAAAUAGUUUACCUACAGUUUCGAGUGCAGAAGAUCAAACAAUUCAAAAGGAAACAACGGAAUUUUUAACAUCUUUACCUCAAUCCACAACAGAAGAAAGCAGUUCAAGUCAAGAAUCCAGUGCAGAAGAAAAUCAAAUGACAGAAGUGCCAUGGACACUAUCAACAAAGCUUCCUCUCAGCACUCAAACUAUAAGUAUAUUUUCAAGUCAAAGUGUAGAUGAAGAUAAAACAUCUGAAGAAUAUACAAGGACGCUAUCGAUUUCUCCCCUUCAAUCAAGUACAAUGGCAAAUAGUUUACCUACAGUUUCGAGUGCAGAAGAUCAAACAAUUCAAAAGGAAACAACGGAAUUUUUAACAUCUUUACCUCAAUCCACAACAGAAGAAAGCAGUUCAAGUCAAGAAUCCAGUGCAGAAGAAAAUCAAAUGACAGAAGUGCCAUGGACACUAUCAACAAAGCUUCCUCAAUCAGGCACUCAAACUAGUAUAUUUUCAAGUCAAAGUGUAGAUGAAGAUACAUCUGAAGAAUAUACAAGGACGCUAUCGAUUUCUCCCCUUCAAACAAGUACAAUGGCAAAUAGUUUACCUACAGUUUCGAGUGCAGAAGAUCAAACAAUUCAAAAGGAAACAACGGAAUUUUUAACAUCUUUACCUCAAUCCACAACAGAAGAAAGCAGUUCAAGUCAAGAAUCCAGUGCAGAAGAAAAUCAAAUGACAGAAGUGCCAUGGACACUAUCAACAAAGCUUCCUCAAUCAGGCACUCAAACUAUAAGUAUAUUUUCAAGUCAAAGUGUAGAUGAAGAUAAAACAUCUGAAGAAUAUACAAGGACGCUAUCGAUUUCUCCCCUUCAAUCAAGUACAAUGGCAAAUAGUUUACCUACAGUUUCGAGUGCAGAAGAUCAAACAAUUCAAAAGGAAACAACGGAAUUUUUAACAUCUUUACCUCAAUCCACAACAGAAGAAAGCAGUUCAAGUCGAGAAUCCAGUGCAGAAGAAAAUCAAAUGACAGAAGUGCCAUGGACACUAUCAACAAAGCUUCCUCAAUCAGGCACUCAAACUAUAAGUAUAUUUUCAAGUCUAAGUGUAGAUGAAGAUAAAACAUCUGAAGAAUAUACAAGGACGCUAUCGAUUUCUCCCCUUCAAACAAGUACAAUGGCAAAUAGUUUACCUACAGUUUCGAGUGCAGAAGAUCAAACAAUUCAAAAGGAAACAACGGAAUUUUUAACAUCUUUACCUCAAUCCACAACAGAAGAAAGCAGUUCAAGUCAAGAAUCCAGUGCAGAAGAAAAUCAAAUGACAGAAGUGCCAUGGACACUAUCAACAAAGCUUCCUCAAUCAGGCACUCAAACUAAAAGUAUAUUUUCAAGUCAAAGUGUAGAAGAAGAUAAAACAUCUGAAGAAUAUACAAGGACGCUAUCGAUUUCUCCCCUUCAAUCAAGUACAAUGGCAAAUAGUUUACCUACAGUUUCGAGUGCAGAAGAUCAAACAAUUCAAAAGGAAACAACGGAAUUUUUAACAUCUUUACCUCAAUCCACAACAGAAGAAAGCAGUUCAAGUCAAGAAUCCAGUGCAGAAGAAAAUCAAAUGACAGAAGUGCCAUGGACACUAUCAACAAAGCUUCCUCAAUCAGGCACUCAAACUAUAAGUAUAUUUUCAAGUCAAAGUGUAGAUGAAGAUAAAACAUCUGAAGAAAAUACAAGGACGCUAUCGAUUUCUCCCCUUCAAUCAAGUACAAUGGCAAAUAGUUUACCUACAGUUUCGAGUGCAGAAGAUCAAACAAUUCAAAAGGAAACAACAGAAUUUUUAACAUCUUUACCUCAAUCCACAACAGAAGAAAGCAGUUCAAGUCAAGAAUCCAGUGCAGAAGAAAAUCAAAUGACAGAAGUGCCAUGGACACUAUCAACAAAGCUUCCUCUCAGCACUCAAACUAUAAGUAUAUUUUUAAGUCAAAGUGUAGAUGAAGAUAAAACAUCUGAAGAAUAUACAAGGACGCUAUCGAUUUCUCCCCUUCAAUCAAGUAAAAUGGCAAAUAGUUUACCUACAGUUUCGAGUGCAGAAGAUCAAACAAUUCAAAAGGAAACAACGGAAUUUUUAACAUCUUUACCUCAAUCCACAACAGAAGAAAGCAGUUCAAGUCAAGAAUCUAGUGCAGAAGAAAAUCAAAUGACAGAAGUGCCAUGGACACUAUCAACAAAGCUUCCUCAAUCAGGCACUCAAACUAAAAGUAUAUUUUCAAGUCAAAGUGUAGAAGAAGAUAAGACAUCUGAAGAAUAUACAAGGACGCUAUCGAUUUCUCCCCUUCAAUCAAGUACAAUGGCAAAUAGUUUACCUACAGUUUCGAGUGCAGAAGAUCAAACAAUUCAAAAGGAAACAACGGAAUUUUUAACAUCUUUACCUCAAUCCACAACAGAAGAAAGCAGUUCAAGUCAAGAAUCCAGUGCAGAAGAAAAUCAAAUGACAGAAGUGCCAUGGACACUAUCAACAAAGCUUCCUCAAUCAGGCACUCAAACUAAAAGUAUAUUUUCAAGUCAAAGUGUAGAAGAAGAUAAAACAUCUGAAGAAUAUACAAGGACGCUAUCGAUUUCUCCCCUUCAAACAAGUACAAUGGCAAAUAGUUUACCUACAGUUUCGAGUGCAGAAGAUCAAACAAUUCAAAAGGAAACAACGGAAUUUUUAACAUCUUUACCUCAAUCCACAACAGAAGAAAGCAGUUCAAGUCAAGAAUCCAGUGCAGAAGAAAAUCAAAUGACAGAAGUGCCAUGGACACUAUCAACAAAGCUUCCUCAAUGCACUCAAACUAUAAGUAUAUUUUCAAGUCAAAGUGUAGAUGAAGAUAAAACAUCUGAAGAAUAUACAAGGACGCUAUCGAUUUCUCCCCUUCAAUCAAGUACAAUGGCAAAUAGUUUACCUACAGUUUCGAGUGCAGAAGAUCAAACAAUUCAAAAGGAAAACGAAUUUUUAACAUCUUUACCUCAAUCCACAACAGAAGAAAGCAGUUCAAGUCAAGAAUCCAGUGCAGAAGAAAAUCAAAUGACAGAAGUGCCAUGGACACUCACAAAGCUUCCUCAAUCAGGCACUCAAACUAUAAGUAUAUUUUCAAGUCAAAGUGUAGAAGAAGAUAAAACAUCUGAAGAAAAUACAAGGACGCUAUCGAUUUCUCCCCUUCAAUCAAGUACAAUGGCAAAUAGUUUACCUACAGUUUCGAGUGCAGAAGAUCAAACAAUUCAAAAGGAAACAACGGAAUUUUUAACAUCUUUACCUCAAUCCACAACAGAAGAAAGCAGUUCAAGUCAAGAAUCCAGUGCAGAAGAAAAUCAAAUGACAGAAGUGCCAUGGACACUAUCAACAAAGCUUCCUCAAUCAGGCACUCAAACUAAAAGUAUAUUUUCAAGUCAAAGUGUAGAAGAAGAUAAAACAUCUGAAGAAAAUACAAGGACGCUAUCGAUUUCUCUUCAAUCAAGUACAAUGGCAAAUAGUUUACCUACAGUUUCGAGUGCAGAAGAUCAAACAAUUCAAAAGGAAACAACGGAAUUUUUAACAUCUUUACCUCAAUCCACAACAGAAGAAAGCAGUUCAAGUCAAGAAUCCAGUGCAGAAGAAAAUCAAAUGACAGAAGUGCCAUGGACACUAUCAACAACUUCCUCAAUCAGCACUCAAACUAUAAGUAUAUUUUCAAGUCAAAGUGUAGAUGAAGAUAAAACAUCUGAAGAAUAUACAAGGACGCUAUCGAUUUCUCCCCUUCAAUCAAGUACAAUGGCAAAUAGUUUACCUACAGUUUCGAGUGCAGAAGAUCAAACAAUUCAAAAGGAAACAACGGAAUUUUUAACAUCUUUACCUCAAUCCACAAAAGAAAGCAGUUCAAGUCAAGAAUCCAGUGCAGAAGAAAAUCAAAUGACAGAAGUGCCAUGGACACUAUCAGCAAAGCUUCCUCAAUCAGGCACUCAAACUAUAAGUAUAUUUUCAAGUCAAAGUGUAGAUGAAGAUAAAACAUCUGAAGAAUAUACAAGGACGCUAUCGAUUUCUCCCCUUCAAUCAAGUACAAUGGCAAAUAGUUUACCUACAGUUUCGAGUGCAGAAGAUCAAACAAUUCAAAAGGAAACAACGGAAUUUUUAACAUCUUUACCUCAAUCCACAACAGAAGAAAGCAGUUCAAGUCAAGAAUCCAGUGCAGAAGAAAAUCAAAUGACAGAAGUGCCAUGGACACUAUCAACAAAGCUUCCUCAAUCAAGCACUCAAACUAUAAGUAUAUUUUCAAGUCAAAGUGUAGAUGAAGAUAAAACAUCUGAAGAAUAUACAAGGACGCUAUCGAUUUCUCCCCUUCAAUCAAGUACAAUGGCAAAUAGUUUACCUACAGUUUCGAGUGCAGAAGAUCAAACAAUUCAAAAGGAAACAACAGAAUUUUUAACAUCUUUACCUCAAUCCACAACAAAAGAAAGCAGUUCAAGUCAAGAAUCCAGUGCAGAAGAAAAUCAAAUGACAGAAGUGCCAUGGACACUAUCAGCAAAGCUUCCUCAAUCAGGCACUCAAACUAUAAGUAUAUUUUCAAGUCAAAGUGUAGAUGAAGAUAAAACAUCUGAAGAAUAUACAAGGACGCUAUCGAUUUCUCCCCUUCAAUCAAGUACAAUGGCAAAUAGUUUACCUACAGUUUCGAGUGCAGAAGAUCAAACAAUUCAAAAGGAAACAACGGAAUUUUCAACAUCUUUACCUCAAUCCACAACAGAAGAAAGCAGUUCAAGUCAAGAAUCCAGUGCAGAAGAAAAUCAAAUGACAGAAGUGCCAUGGACACUAUCAACAAAGCUUCCUCAAUCAGGCACUCAAACUAUAAGUAUAUUUUCAAGUCAAAGUGUAGAUGAAGAUAAAACAUCUGAAGAAUAUACAAGGACGCUAUCGAUUUCUCCCCUUCAAUCAAGUACAAUGACAAAUAGUUUACCUACAGUUUCGAGUGCAGAAGAUCAAACAAUUCAAAAGGAAACAACGGAAUUUUUAACAUCUUUACCUCAAUCCACAACAGAAGAAAGCAGUUCAAGUCAAGAAUCCAGUGCAGAAGAAAAUCAAAUGACAGAAGUGCCAUGGACACUAUCAACAAAGCUUCCUCAAUCAGGCACUCAAACUAUAAGUAUAUUUUCAAGUCUAAGUGUAGAUGAAGAUAAAACAUCUGAAGAAUAUACAAGGACGCUAUCGAUUUCUCCCCUUCAAACAAGUACAAUGGCAAAUAGUUUACCUACAGUCGCGAGCCCAGAAGAUCAACCAACUCAAAAGGAACCAACGGAAUUAACAUCUUUACCUCAAUCCACAACAGAAGAAAGCAGUUCAAGUCAAGAAUCCAGUGCAGAAGAAAAUCAAAUGACAGAAGUGCCAUGGACACUAUCAACAAAGCUUCCUCAAUCAGGCACUCAAACUAUAAGUAUAUUUUCAAGUCUAAGUUUAGAUGAAGAUAAAACAUCUGAAGAAUAUACAAGGACGCUAUCGAUUUCUCCCCUUCAAACAAGUACAAUGGCAAAUAGUUUACCUACAGUUUCGAGUGCAGAAGAUCAAACAAUUCAAAAGGAAACAACGGAAUUUUUAACAUCUUUACCUCAAUCCACAACAGAAGAAAGCAGUUCAAGUCAAGAAUCCAGUGCAGAAGAAAAUCAAAUAACAGAAGUGCCAUGGACACUAUCAACAAAGCUUCCUCAAUCAGGCACUCAAACUAUAAGUAUAUUUUCAAGUCAAAGUGUAGAUGAAGAUAAAACAUCUGAAGAAUAUACAAGGACGCUAUCGAUUUCUCCCCUUCAAACAAGUACAAUGGCAAAUAGUUUACCUACAGUUUCGAGUGCAGAAGAUCAAACAAUUCAAAAGGAAACAACGGAAUUUUUAACAUCUUUACCUCAAUCCACAACAGAAGAAAGCAGUUCAAGUCAAGAAUCCAGUGCAGAAGAAAAUCAAAUGACAGAAGUGCCAUGGACACUAUCAACAAAGCUUCCUCAAUCAGGCACUCAAACUAUAAGUAUAUUUUCAAGUCAAAGUGUAGAUGAAGAUAAAACAUCUGAAGAAUAUACAAGGACGCUAUCGAUUUCCCCUUCAACAAGUACAAUGGCAAAUAGUUUACCUACAGUUUCGAGUGCAGAAGAUCAAACAAUUCAAAAGGAAACAACGGAAUUUUUAACAUCUUUACCUCAAUCCACAACAGAAGAAAGCAGUUCAAGUCAAGAAUCCAGUGCAGAAGAAAAUCAAAUGACAGAAGUGCCAUGGACACUAUCAACAACUUCCUCAAUCAGCACUCAAACUAUAAGUAUAUUUUCAAGUCAAAGUGUAGAUGAAGAUAAAACAUCUGAAGAAUAUACAAGGACGCUAUCGAUUUCUCCCCUUCAAUCAAGUACAAUGGCAAAUAGUUUACCUACAGUUUCGAGUGCAGAAGAUCAAACAAUUCAAAAGGAAACAACGGAAUUUUUAACAUCUUUACCUCAAUCCACAACAGAAGAAAGCAGUUCAAGUCAAGAAUCCAGUGCAGAAGAAAAUCAAAUGACAGAAGUGCCAUGGACACUAUCAACAAAGCUUCCUCAAUCAGCACUCACUAUAAGUAUAUUUUCAAGUCAAAGUGUAGAUGAAGAUAAAACAUCUGAAGAAUAUACAAGGACGCUAUCGAUUUCUCCCCUUCAAUCAAGUACAAUGGCAAAUAGUUUACCUACAGUUUCGAGUGCAGAAGAUCAAACAAUUCAAAAGGAAACAACGGAAUUUUUAACAUCUUUACCUCAAUCCACAAAAGAAAGCAGUUCAAGUCAAGAAUCCAGUGCAGAAGAAAAUCAAAUGACAGAAGUGCCAUGGACACUAUCAACAAAGCUUCCUCAAUCAGGCACUCAAACUAUAAGUAUAUUUUCAAGUCAAAGUGUAGAUGAAGAUAAAACAUCUGAAGAAUAUACAAGGACGCUAUCGAUUUCCCCUUCAACAAGUACAAUGGCAAAUAGUUUACCUACAGUUUCGAGUGCAGAAGAUCAAACAAUUCAAAAGGAAACAACGGAAUUUUUAACAUCUUUACCUCAAUCCACAACAGAAGAAAGCAGUUCAAGUCAAGAAUCCAGUGCAGAAGAAAAUCAAAUGACAGAAGUGCCAUGGACACUAUCAACAAAGCUUCCUCAAUCAGGCACUCAACUAAGUAUAUUUUCAAGUCAAAGUGUAGAUGAAGAUAAAACAUCUGAAGAAUAUACAAGGACGCUAUCGAUUUCUCCCCUUCAAUCAAGUACAAUGGCAAAUAGUUUACCUACAGUUUCGAGUGCAGAAGAUCAAACAAUUCAAAAGGAAACAACGGAAUUUUUAACAUCUUUACCUCAAUCCACAACAGAAGAAAGCAGUUCAAGUCAAGAAUCCAGUGCAGAAGAAAAUCAAAUGACAGAAGUGCCAUGGACACUAUCAACAAAGCUUCCUCAAUCAGGCACUCAAACUAUAAGUAUAUUUUCAAGUCAAAGUGUAGAUGAAGAUAAAACAUCUGAAGAAUAUACAAGGACGCUAUCGAUUUCUCCCCUUCAAUCAAGUACAAUGGCAAAUAGUUUACCUACAGUUUCGAGUGCACAAGAUCAAGCAACCCAAGAAACAACGCAAUUCCGAUCUUCUUUACCUCAAUCCACAACAGAAGAAAGCAGUUCAAGUCAAGAAUCCAGUGCAGAAGAAAAUCAAAUGACAGAAGUGCCAUGGACACUAUCAACAAAGCUUCCUCAAUCAGGCACUCAAACUAUAAGUAUAUUUUCAAGUCAAAGUGUAGAUGAAGAUAAAACAUCUGAAGAAUAUACAAGGACGCUAUCGAUUUCUCCCCUUCAAUCAAGUACAAUGGCAAAUAGUUUACCUACAGUUUCGAGUGCAGAAGAUCAAACAAUUCAAAAGGAAACAACGGAAUUUUUAACAUCUUUACCUCAAUCCACAACAGAAGAAAGCAGUUCAAGUCAAGAAUCCAGUGCAGAAGAAAAUCAAAUGACAGAAGUGCCAUGGACACUAUCAACAAGCUUCCUCAAUCAGGCACUCAAACUAAAGUAUAUUUUCAAGUCAAAGUGUAGAAGAAGAUAAAACUCUGAAGAAUAUACAAGGACGCUAUCGAUUUCUCCCCUUCAAUCAAGUACAAUGGCAAAUAGUUUACCUACAGUUUCGAGUGCAGAAGAUCAAACAAUUCAAAAGGAAACAACGGAAUUUUUAACAUCUUUACCUCUCCACACAGAAGAAAGCAGUUCAAGUCAAGAAUCCAGUGCAGAAGAAAAUCAAAUGACAGAAGUGCCAUGGACACUAUCAACAAAGCUUCCUCAAUCAGGCACUCAAACUAUAAGUAUAUUUUCAAGUCAAAGUGUAGAUGAAGAUAAAACAUCUGAAGAAUAUACAAGGACGCUAUCGAUUUCUCCCCUUCAAACAAGUACAAUGGCAAAUAGUUUACCUACAGUUUCGAGUGCAGAAGAUCAAACAAUUCAAGAAACAACGGAAUUUUUAACAUCUUUACCUCUCCCAACAGAAGAAAGCAGUUCAAGUCAAGAAUCCAGUGCAGAAGAAAAUCAAAUGACAGAAGUGCCAUGGACACUAUCAACAAAGCUUCCUCAAUCAGGCACUCAAACUAUAAGUAUAUUUUCAAGUCAAAGUGUAGAUGAAGAUAAAACAUCUGAAGAAUAUACAAGGACGCUAUCGAUUUCUCCCCUUCAAUCAAGUACAAUGGCAAAUAGUUUACCUACAGUUUCGAGUGCAGAAGAUCAAACAAUUCAAAAGGAAACAACGGAAUUUUUAACAUCUUUACCUCAAUCCACGACGGAAGAAAGCAGUUCAAGUCAAGAAUCCAGUGCAGAAGAAAAUCAAAUGACAGAAGUGCCAUGGACACUAUCAACAAAGCUUCCUCAAUCAGGCACUCAAAUUAAAAGUAUAUUUUCAAGUCAAAGUGUAGAAGAAGAUAAAACAUCUGAAGAAUAUACAAGGACGCUAUCGAUUUCUCCCCUUCAAACUAGUACAAUGGCAAAUAGUUUACCUACAGUUUCGAGUGCAGAAGAUCAAACAAUUCAAAAGGAAACAACGGAAUUUUUAACAUCUUUACCUCAAUCCACAACAGAAGAAAGCAGUUCAAGUCAAGAAUCCAGUGCAGAAGAAAAUCAAAUGACAGAAGUGCCAUGGACACUAUCAACAAAGCUUCCUCAAUCAGGCACUCAAACUAUAAGUAUAUUUUCAAGUCAAAGUGUAGAUGAAGAUAAAACAUCUGAAGAAUAUACAAGGACGCUAUCGAUUUUCCUACAAACAAAUACAAUGGCAAAUAGGUUACCGACAGAUUCGAAAGCAGAAGAUCAAACAAUUCAAAAGGAAACAACGGAAUUUUUAACAUCUUUACCUCAAUCCUCAACAGAAGAAAGCAGUUCAAGUCAAGAAUCCAGUGCAGAAGAAAAUCAAAUGACAGAAGUGCCAUGGACACUAUCAACAAAGCUUCCUCAAUCAGGCACUCAAACUAUAAGUAUAUUUUCAAGUCCAAGUGUAGAUGAAGAUAAAACAUCUGAAGAAUAUACAAGGACGCUAUCGGUUUCUCCCCUUCAAUCAAGUACAAUGGCAAAUAGUUUACCUACAGUUUCGAGUGCAGAAGAUCAAACAAUUCAAAAGGAAACAACGGAAUUUUUAACAUCUUUACCUCAAUCCACGACGGAAGAAAGCAGUUCAAGUCAAGAAUCCAGUGCAGAAGAAAAUCAAAUGACAGAAGUGCCAUGGACACUAUCAACAAAGCUUCCUCAAUCAGGCACUCAAACUAUAAGUAUAUUUUCAAGUCAAAGUGUAGAUGAAGAUAAAACAUCUGAAGAAUAUACAAGGACGCUAUCGAUUUCUCCCCUUCAAACAAGUACAAUGGCAAAUAGUUUACCUACAGUUUCGAGUGCAGAAGAUCAAACAAUUCAAAAGGAAACAACGGAAUUUUCAACAUCUUUACCUCAAUCCACAACAGAAGAAAGCAGUUCAAGUCAAGAAUCCAGUGCAGAAGAAAAUCAAAUGACAGAAGUGCCAUGGACACUAUCAACAAAGCUUCCUCAAUCAAGCACUCAAAUUAUAAGUAUAUUUUCAAGUCAAAGUGUAGAUGAAGAUAAAACAUCUGAAGAAUAUAAAAGGACGCUAUCGAUUUCUCCCCUUCAAUCAAGUACAAUGGUAAAUAGUUUACCUACAGUUUCGAGUGCAGAAGAUCAAACAAUUCAAAAGGAAACAACGGAAUUUUUAACAUCUUUACCUCAAUCCACAACAGAAGAAAGCAGUUCAAGUCAAGAAUCCAGUGCAGAAGAAAAUCAAAUGACAGAAGUGCCAUGGACACUAUCAACAAAGCUUCCUCAAUCAGGCACUCGAACUAUAAGUAUAUUUUCAAGUCAAAGUGUAGAUGAAGAUAAAACAUCUGAAGAAUAUACAAGGACGCUAUCGGUUUCUCCCCUUCAAUCAAGUACAAUGGCAAAUAGUUUACCUACAGUUUCGAGUGCAGAAGAUCAAACAAUUCAAAAGGAAACAACGGAAUUUUUAACAUCUUUACCUCAAUCCACAUCAGAAGAAAGCAGUUCAAGUCAAGAAUCCAGUGCAGAAGAAAAUCAAAUGACAGAAGUGCCCUGGGCACUAUCAACAAAGCUUCCUCAAUCAGGCACUCAAACUAUAAGUAUAUUUUCAAGUCAAAGUGUAGAUGAAGAUAAAACAUCUGAAGAAUAUAAAAGGACGCUAUCGAUUUCUCCCCUUCAAUCAAGUACAAUGGCAAAUAGUUUACCUACAGUUUCGAGUGCAGAAGAUCAAACAAUUCAAAAGAAAACAACGGAAUUUUUAACAUCUUUACCUCAAUCCUCAACAGAAGAAAGCAGUUCAAGUCAAGAAUCCAGUGCAGAAGAAAAUCAAAUGACAGAAGUGCCAUGGACACUAUCAACAAAGCUUCCUCAAUCAGGCACUCAAACUAUAAGUAUAUUUUCAAGUCAAAGUGUAGAUGAAGAUAAAACAUCUGAAGAAUAUACAAGGACGCUAUCGGUUUCUCCCCUUCAAUCAAGUACAAUGGCAAAUAGUUUACCUACAGUUUCGAGUGCAGAAGAUCAAACAAUUCAAAAGGAAACAACGGAAUUUUUAACAUCUUUACCUCAAUCCACGACGGAAGAAAGCAGUUCAAGUCAAGAAUCCAGUGCAGAAGAAAAUCAAAUGACAGAAGUGCCAUGGACACUAUCAACAAAGCUUCCUCAAUCAGGCACUCAAACUAUAAGUAUAUUUUCAAGUCAAAGUGUAGAUGAAGAUAAAACAUCUGAAGAAUAUACAAGGACGCUAUCGAUUUCUCCCCUUCAAUCAAGUACAAUGGCAAAUAGUUUACCUACAGUUUCGAGUGCAGAAGAUCAAACAAUUCAAAAGGAAACAACGGAAUUUUUAACAUCUUUACCUCAAUCCACGACGGAAGAAAGCAGUUCAAGUCAAGAAUCCAGUGCAGAAGAAAAUCAAAUGACAGAAGUGCCAUGGACACUAUCAACAAAGCUUCCUCAAUCAGGCACUCAAACUAUAAGUAUAUUUUCAAGUCAAAGUGUAGAAGAAGAUAAAACAUCUGAAGAAUAUACAAGGACGCUAUCGAUUUCUCCCCUUCAAACUAGUACAAUGGCAAAUAGUUUACCUACAGUUUCGAGUGCAGAAGAUCAAACAAUUCAAAAGGAAACAACGGAAUUUUUAACAUCUUUACCUCAAUCCACAACAGAAGAAAGCAGUUCAAGUCAAGAAUCCAGUGCAGAAGAAAAUCAAAUGACAGAAGUGCCAUGGACACUAUCAACAAAGCUUCCUCAAUCAGGCACUCAAACUAUAAGUAUAUUUUCAAGUCAAAGUGUAGAUGAAGAUAAAACAUCUGAAGAAUAUACAAGGACGCUAUCGAUUUUUCCCCUUCAAACAAGUACAAUGGCAAAUAGUUUACCUACAGUUUCGAGUGCAGAAGAUCAAACAAUUCAAAAGGAAACAACGGAAUUUUUAACAUCUUUACCUCAAUCCUCAACAGAAGAAAGCAGUUCAAGUCAAGAAUCCAGUGCAGAAGAAAAUCAAAUGACAGAAGUUAUAUUUUCAAGUCCAAGUGUAGAUGAAGAUAAAACACCUGAAGAAUAUACAAGGACGCUAUCGGUUUCUCCCCUUCAAUCAAGUACAAUGGCAAAUAGUUUACCUACAGUUUCGAGUGCAGAAGAUCAAACAAUUCAAAAGGAAACAACGGAAUUUUUAACAUCUUUACCUCAAUCCACGACGGAAGAAAGCAGUUCAAGUCAAGAAUCCAGUGCAGAAGAAAAUCAAAUGACAGAAGUGCCAUGGACACUAUCAACAAAGCUUCCUCAAUCAGGCACUCAAACUAAAAGUAUAUUUUCAAGUCAAAGUGUAGAUGAAAAUAAAACAUCUGAAGAAUAUACAAGGACGCUAUCGAUUUCUCCCCUUCAAACAAAUACAAUGGCAAAUAGUUUACCUACAGUUUCGAGUGCAGAAGAUCAAACAAUUCAAAAAGAAACAACGGAAUUUUUAACAUCUUUACCUCAAUCCACAACAGAAGAAAGCAGUUCAAGUCAAGAAUCCAGUGCAGAAGAAAAUCAAAUGACAGAAGUGCCAUGGACACUAUCAACAAAGCUUCCUCAAUCAGGCACUCAAACUAUAAGUAUAUUUUCAAGUCAAAGUGUAGAUGAAGAUAAAACAUCUGAAGAAUAUACAAGGACGCUAUCGAUUUCUCCCCUUCAAUCAAGUACAAUGGCAAAUAGUUUACCUACAGUUUCGAGUGCAGAAGAUCAAACAAUUCAAAAGGAAACAACGGAAUUUUUAACAUCUUUACCUCAAUCCACGACGGAAGAAAGCAGUUCAAGUCAAGAAUCCAGUGCAGAAAAAAAUCAAAUGACAGAAGUGCCAUGGACACUAUCAGCAAAGCUUCCUCAAUUAAGCACUCAAACUAUUAGUAUAUUUUCAAGUCAAAGUGUAGAAGAAGAUAAAACAUCUGAAGAAUAUACAAGGACGCUAUCGAUUUCUCCCCUUCAAUCAAGUACAAUGGCAAAUAGUUUACCUACAGUUUCGAGUGCAGAAGAUGAAACAAUUCAAAAGGAAACGACGGAAUUUUUAACAUCUUUACCUCAAUCCACAACAGAAGAAAGCAGUUCAAGUCAAGAAUCCAGUGCAGAAGAAAAUCAAAUGACAGAAGUGCCAUGGACACUAUCAACAGAGCUUCCUCAAUCAGGCACUCAAACUAAAAGUAUAUUUUCAAGUCAAAGUGUAGAAGAAGAUAAAACAUCUGAAGAAUAUACAAGGACGCUAUCGAUUUCUCCCCUUCAAACAAAUACAAUGGCAAAUAGUUUACCUACAGUUUCGAGUGCAGAAGAUCAAACAAUUCAAAAAGAAACAACGGAAUUUUUAACAUCUUUACCUCAAUCCACAACAGAAGAAAGCAGUUCAAGUCCAGAAUCCAGUGCAGAAGAAAAUCAAAUGACAGAAGUGCCAUGGACACUAUCAACAAAGCUUCCUCAAUCAGGCACUCAAACUAUAAGUAUAUUUUCAAGUCAAAGUGUAGAUGAAGACAAAACAUCUGAAGAAUAUACAAGGACGCUAUCGAUUUCUCCCCUUCAAUCAAGUACAAUGGCAAAUAGUUUACCUACAGUUUCGAGUGCAGAAGAUCAAACAAUUCAAAAGGAAACAACGGAAUUUUUAACAUCUUUACCUCAAUCGACAACAGAAGAAAGCAGUUCAAGUCAAGAAUCCAGUGCAGAAGAAAAUCAAAUGACAGAAGUGCCAUGGACACUAUCAACAAAGCUUCCUCAACCAGGCACUCAAACUAUUAGUAUAUUUUCAAGUCAAAGUGUAGAUGAAGAUAAAACAUCUGAAGAAUAUACAAGGACGCUAUCGAUUUCUCCCCUUCAAUCAAGUACAAUGGCAAAUAGUUUACCUACAGUUUCGAGUGCAGAAGAUCAAACAAUUCAAAAGGAAACAACGGAAUUUUUAACAUCUUUACUUCAAUCCACAACAGAAGAAAGCAGUUCAAGUCAAGAAUCCAGUGCAGAAGAAAAUCAAAUGACCGAAGUGCCAUGGACACUAUCAACAAAGCUUCCUCAAUCAGGCACUCAAACUAUAAGUAUAUUUUCAAGUCAAAGUGUAGAUGAAGAUAAAACAUCUGAAGAAUAUACAAGGACGCUAUCGAUUUCUCCCCUUCAGACAAGUACAAUGGCAAAUAGUUUACCUACAGUUUCGAGUGCAGAAGAUCAAACAAUUCAAAAGGAAACAACGGAAUUUUUAACAUCUUUACCUCAAUCCACAACAGAAGAAAGCAGUUCAAGUCAAGAAUCCAGUGCAGAAGAAAAUCAAAUGACAGAAGUGCCAUGGACACUAUCAACAAAGCUUCCUCAAUCAGGCACUCAAACUAUAAGUAUAUUUUCAAGUCAAAGUGUAGAUGAAGAUAAAACAUCUGAAGAAUAUACAAGGACGCUAUCGAUUUCUCCCCUUCAAACAAGUACAAUGGCAAAUAGUUUACCUACAGUUUCGAGUGCAGAAGAUCAAACAAUUCAAAAGGAAACAACGGAAUUUUUAACAUCUUUACCUCAAUCCACAACAGAAGAAAGCAGUUCAAGUCAAGAAUCCAGUGCAGCAGAAAAUCAAAUGACAGAAGUGCCAUGGACACUAUCAACAAAGCUUCCUCAAUCAGGCACUCAAACUAUUAGUAUAUUUUCAAGUCAAAGUGUAGAUGAAGAUAAAACAUCUGAAGAAUAUACAAGGACGCAAUCGAUUUCUCCCCUUCAAACAAGUACAAUGGCAAAUAGUUUACCUACAGUUUCGAGUGCAGAAGAUCAAACAAUUCAAGACGAAACAACGGAUUUUUUAACUUCUUUACCUCAAUCCACAACAGAAGAAAGCAGUUCAAGUCAAGAAUCCAGUGCAGAAGAAAAUCAAAUGACAGAAGUGCCAUGGACACUAUCAACAAAGCUUCCUCAAUCAGGCACUCAAACUAUAAGUAUAUUUUCAAGUCAAAGUGUAGAUGAAGACAAAACAUCUGAAGAAUAUACAAGGACGCUAUCGAUUUCUCCCCUUCAAUCAAGUACAAUGGCAAAUAGUUUACCUACAGUUUCGAGUGCAGAAGAUCAAACAAUUCAAAAGGAAACAACGGAAUUUUUAACAUCUUUACCUCAAUCGACAACAGAAGAAAGCAGUUCAAGUCAAGAAUCCAGUGCAGAAGAAAAUCAAAUGACAGAAGUGCCAUGGACACUAUCAACAAAGCUUCCUCAACCAGGCACUCAAACUAUUAGUAUAUUUUCAAGUCAAAGUGUAGAUGAAGAUAAAACAUCUGAAGAAUAUACAAGGACGCUAUCGAUUUCUCCCCUUCAAUCAAGUACAAUGGCAAAUAGUUUACCUACAGUUUCGAGUGCAGAAGAUCAAACAAUUCAAAAGGAAACAACGGAAUUUUUAACAUCUUUACUUCAAUCCACAACAGAAGAAAGCAGUUCAAGUCAAGAAUCCAGUGCAGAAGAAAAUCAAAUGACCGAAGUGCCAUGGACACUAUCAACAAAGCUUCCUCAAUCAGGCACUCAAACUAUAAGUAUAUUUUCAAGUCAAAGUGUAGAUGAAGAUAAAACAUCUGAAGAAUAUACAAGGACGCUAUCGAUUUCUCCCCUUCAGACAAGUACAAUGGCAAAUAGUUUACCUACAGUUUCGAGUGCAGAAGAUCAAACAAUUCAAAAGGAAACAACGGAAUUUUUAACAUCUUUACCUCAAUCCACAACAGAAGAAAGCAGUUCAAGUCAAGAAUCCAGUGCAGAAGAAAAUCAAAUGACAGAAGUGCCAUGGACACUAUCAACAAAGCUUCCUCAAUCAGGCACUCAAACUAUAAGUAUAUUUUCAAGUCAAAGUGUAGAUGAAGAUAAAACAUCUGAAGAAUAUACAAGGACGCUAUCGAUUUCUCCCCUUCAAACAAGUACAAUGGCAAAUAGUUUACCUACAGUUUCGAGUGCAGAAGAUCAAACAAUUCAAAAGGAAACAACGGAAUUUUUAACAUCUUUACCUCAAUCCACAACAGAAGAAAGCAGUUCAAGUCAAGAAUCCAGUGCAGCAGAAAAUCAAAUGACAGAAGUGCCAUGGACACUAUCAACAAAGCUUCCUCAAUCAGGCACUCAAACUAUUAGUAUAUUUUCAAGUCAAAGUGUAGAUGAAGAUAAAACAUCUGAAGAAUAUACAAGGACGCAAUCGAUUUCUCCCCUUCAAACAAGUACAAUGGCAAAUAGUUUACCUACAGUUUCGAGUGCAGAAGAUCAAACAAUUCAAGACGAAACAACGGAUUUUUUAACUUCUUUACCUCAAUCCACAACAGAAGAAAGCAGUUCAAGUCAAGAAUCCAGUGCAGAAGAAAAUCAAAUGACAGAAGUGCCAUGGACACUAUCAACAAAGCUUCCUCAAUCAGGCACUCAAACUAUAAGUAUAUUUUCAAGUCAAAGUGUAGAUGAAGACAAAACAUCUGAAGAAUAUACAAGGACGCUAUCGAUUUCUCCCCUUCAAUCAAGUACAAUGGCAAAUAGUUUACCUACAGUUUCGAGUGCAGAAGAUCAAACAAUUCAAGAGGAAACAGCGGAAUUUUCAACAUCUUUACCUCAAUCCACAACAAAAGAAAGCAGUUCAAGUCAAGAAUCCAGUGCAGAAGAAAAUCAAAUGACAGAAGUGCCAUGGACACUAUCAACAAAGCUUCCUCAAUCAAGCACUCAAACUAUAAGUAUAUUUUCAAGUCAAAGUGUAGAUGAAGACAAAACAUCUGAAGAAUAUACAAGGACGCUAUCGAUUUCUCCCCUUCAAUCAAGUACAAUGGCAAAUAGUUUUCCUACAGUUUCGAGUGCAGAAGAUCAAACAAUUCAAGAGGAAACAACGGAAUUUUCAACAUCUUUACCUCAAUCCACAACAGAAGAAAGCAGUUCAAGUCAAGAAUCCAGUGCAGAAGAAAAUCAAAUGACAGAAGUGCCAUGGACACUAUCAACAAAGCUUCCUCAAUCAAGCACUCAAACUAUAAGUAUAUUUUUAAGUCAAAGUGUAGAUGAAGACAAAACAUCUGAAGAAUAUACAAGGACGCUAUCGAGUUCUCCCCUUCAAUCAAGUACAAUGGCAAAUAGUUUACCUACAGUUUCGAGUGCAGAAGAUCAAACAAUUCAAGAGGAAACAACGGAAUUUUUAACAUCUUUACCUCAAUCCACAACAGAAGAAAGCAGUUCAAGUCAAGAAUCCAGUGCAGAAGAAAAUCAAAUGAGUACAGGACAAUAUCAAACAUCCCAAAAUGAAAUGGGAAGUCAAUCGCAAUCUGUUUCUCCAUUAAGUACAGUAUUUAGUGAUCUAAUCGAAAUUUCAAACACAGACAAAGAUCAUCCAACGCAAGACGACUUAGAAAAGGUAUCAAAAUCCCUACUUCAAUUGAGUACAACAUUUCGUAGUCUACCAGGAAUACCAAACACAGGAAUAAGCCCCCUAACGCUAGAGGAAAAGGAACAACAGUCAAAGUCUUUACCUUCCUUAGGUACAAUAUCAAACUUUCAAUUUGAACAAUCAAGUUCUCUUGGCUGUGAUUGUACUUGCCAAUUGGAAAUAGGAAAAGACUCGUGUAUCUGCGAAUGCAACCUUAAAGGAAGUACUUCAGAAGUCUCGGAAAGUGUAACAGCAAGUGCAGCAUCGAUUUCUGUCUCUCAAUCAAGUACAAUAGCAAACACUUUACCUACAUUUUCGAGUGCAGAAGAUCAAACAAUUCAAAAGGAAACAACGGAAUUUUUAACAUCUUUACCUCAAUCGACAACAGAAGAAAGCAGUUCAAGUCAAGAAUCCAGUGCAGAAGAAAACCAAAUGACAGAAGUGCCAUGGACACUAUCAACAAAGCUUCCUCAAUCAGGCACUCAAACUAUAAGUAUAUUUUCAAGUCAAAGUGUAGAUGAAGAUAAAACAUCUGAAGAAUAUACAAGGCUAUCGAUUUCUCCCCUUCAAACAAGUACAAUGGCAAAUAGUUUACCUAAAGUUUCGAGUGCAGAAGAUCAAACAAUUCAAAAGGAAACAACGGAAUUUUUAACAUCUUUACCUCAAUCCACAACAGAAGUAAGCAGUUCAAGUCAAGAAUCCAGUGCAGAAGAAAAUCAAAUGACAGAAGUGCCAUGGACACUAUCAACAAAGCUUCCUCAAUCAGGCACUCAAACUAUAAGUAUAUUUUCAAGUCAAAGUGUAGAUGAAGAUAAAACAUCUGAAGAAUAUACAAGGACGCUAUCGAUUUUUCCCCUUCAAACAAGUACAAUGGCAAAUAGUUUACCUACAGUUUCGAGUGCAGAAGAUCAAACAAUUCAAGACGAAACAACGGAAUUUUUAACUUCAUUACCUCAAUCCACAACAGAAGAAAGCAGCUCAAAUCAAGAAUCCAGUGCAGAAGAAAAUCAAAUGACAGAAGUGCCAUGGACACUAUCAACAAAGCUUCCUCAAUCAAGCACUCAAACUAUAAGUAUAUUUUCAAGUCAAAGUGUAGAUGAAGACAAAACAUCUGAAGAAUAUACAAGGACGCUAUCGAUUUCUCCCCUUCAAUCAAGUACAAUGGCAAAUAGUUUACCUACAGUUUCGAGUGCAGAAGAUCAAACAAUUCAAGAGGAAACAACGGAAUUUUCAACAUCUUUACCUCAAUCCACAACAAAAGAAAGCAGUUCAAGUCAAGAAUCCAGUGCAGAAGAAAAUCAAAUGACAGAAGUGCCAUGGACACUAUCAACAAAGCUUCCUCAAUCAAGCACUCAAACUAUAAGUAUAUUUUCAAGUCAAAGUGUAGAUGAAGACAAAACAUCUGAAGAAUAUACAAGGACGCUAUCGAUUUCUCCCCUUCAAUCAAGUACAAUGGCAAAUAGUUUACCUACAGUUUCGAGUGCAGAAGAUCAAACAAUUCAAGAGGAAACAACGGAAUUUUCAACAUCUUUACCUCAAUCCACAACAGAAGAAAGCAGUUCAAGUCAAGAAUCCAGUGCAGAAGAAAACCAAAUGACAGAAGUGCCAUGGACACUAUCAACAAAGCUUCCUCAAUCAGGCACUCAAACUAUAAGUAUAUUUUCAAGUCAAAGUGUAGAUGAAGAUAAAACAUCUGAAGAAUAUACAAGGCUAUCGAUUUCUCCCCUUCAAACAAGUACAAUGGCAAAUAGUUUACCUAAAGUUUCGAGUGCAGAAGAUCAAACAAUUCAAAAGGAAACAACGGAAUUUUUAACAUCUUUACCUCAAUCCACAACAGAAGUAAGCAGUUCAAGUCAAGAAUCCAGUGCAGAAGAAAAUCAAAUGACAGAAGUGCCAUGGACACUAUCAACAAAGCUUCCUCAAUCAGGCACUCAAACUAUAAGUAUAUUUUCAAGUCAAAGUGUAGAUGAAGAUAAAACAUCUGAAGAAUAUACAAGGACGCUAUCGAUUUUUCCCCUUCAAACAAGUACAAUGGCAAAUAGUUUACCUACAGUUUCGAGUGCAGAAGAUCAAACAAUUCAAGACGAAACAACGGAAUUUUUAACUUCAUUACCUCAAUCCACAACAGAAGAAAGCAGCUCAAAUCAAGAAUCCAGUGCAGAAGAAAAUCAAAUGACAGAAGUGCCAUGGACACUAUCAACAAAGCUUCCUCAAUCAAGCACUCAAACUAUAAGUAUAUUUUUAAGUCAAAGUGUAGAUGAAGACAAAACAUCUGAAGAAUAUACAAGGACGCUAUCGAUUUCUCCCCUUCAAUCAAGUACAAUGGCAAAUAGUUUACCUACAGUUUCGAGUGCAGAAGAUCAAACAAUUCAAGAGGAAACAACGGAAUUUUCAACAUCUUUACCUCAAUCCACAACAGAAGAAAGCAGUUCAAGUCAAGAAUCCAGUGCAGAAGAAAACCAAAUGACAGAAGUGCCAUGGACACUAUCAACAAAGCUUCCUCAAUCAGGCACUCAAACUAUAAGUAUAUUUUCAAGUCAAAGUGUAGAUGAAGACAAAACAUCUGAAGAAUAUACAAGGACGCUAUCGAUUUCUCCCCUUCAAUCAAGUACAAUGGCAAAUAGUUUACCUACAGUUUCGAGUGCAGAAGAUCAAACAAUUCAAGAGGAAACAACGGAAUUUUCAACAUCUUUACCUCAAUCCACAACAAAAGAAAGCAGUUCAAGUCAAGAAUCCAGUGCAGAAGAAAAUCAAAUGACAGAAGUGCCAUGGACACUAUCAACAAAGCUUCCUCAAUCAAGCACUCAAACUAUAAGUAUAUUUUCAAGUCAAAGUGUAGAUGAAGACAAAACAUCUGAAGAAUAUACAAGGACGCUAUCGAUUUCUCCCCUUCAAUCAAGUACAAUGGCAAAUAGUUUACCUACAGUUUCGAGUGCAGAAGAUCAAACAAUUCAAGAGGAAACAACGGAAUUUUCAACAUCUUUACCUCAAUCCACAACAGAAGAAAGCAGUUCAAGUCAAGAAUCCAGUGCAGAAGAAAAUCAAAUGACAGAAGUGCCAUGGACACUAUCAACAAAGCUUCCUCAAUCAAGCACUCAAACUAUAAGUAUAUUUUUAAGUCAAAGUGUAGAUGAAGACAAAACAUCUGAAGAAUAUACAAGGACGCUAUCGAGUUCUCCCCUUCAAUCAAGUACAAUGGCAAAUAGUUUACCUACAGUUUCGAGUGCAGAAGAUCAAACAAUUCAAGAGGAAACAACGGAAUUUUUAACAUCUUUACCUCAAUCCACAACAGAAGAAAGCAGUUCAAGUCAAGAAUCCAGUGCAGAAGAAACUCAAAUGAGUACAGGACAAUAUCAAACAUCCCAAAAUGAAAUGGGAAGUCAAUCGCAAUCUGUUUCUCCAUUAAGUACAGUAUUUAGUGAUCUAAUCGAAAUUUCAAACACAGACAAAGAUCAUCCAACGCAAGACGACUUAGAAAAGGUAUCAAAAUCCCUACUUCAAUUGAGUACAACAUUUCGUAGUCUACCAGGAAUACCAAACACAGGAAUAAGCCCCCUAACGCUAGAGGAAAAGGAACAACAGUCAAAGUCUUUACCUUCCUUAGGUACAAUAUCAAACUUUCAAUUUGAACAAUCAAGUUCUCUUGGCUGUGAUUGUACUUGCCAAUUGGAAAUAGGAAAAGACUCGUGUAUCUGCGAAUGCAACCUUAAAGGAAGUACUUCAGAAGUCUCGGAAAGUGUAACAGCAAGUGCAGCAUCGAUUUCUGUCUCUCAAUCAAGUACAAUAGAAAACACUUUACCUACAUUUUCGAGUGCAGAAGAUCAAACAAUUCAAAAGGAAACAACGGAAUUUUUAACAUCUUCACCUCAAUCGACAACAGAAGAAAGCAGUUCAAGUCAAGAAUCCAGUGCAGAAGAAAAUCAAAUGACAGAAGUGCCAUGGACACUAUCAACAAAGCUUCCUCAAUCAGGCACUCAAACUAUAAGUAUAUUUUCAAGUCAAAGUGCAGAUGAAGAUAAAACAUCUGAAGAAUAUACAAGGACGCUAUCGAUUUCUCCCCUUCAAACAAGUACAAUGGCAAAUAGUUUACCUACAGUUACGAGUGCAGAAGAUCAAACAAUUCAAGACGAAACAACGGAAUUUUUAACUUCUUUACCUCAAUCCACAACAGAAGAAAGCAGCUCAAAUCAAGAAUCCAGUGCAGAAGAAAAUCAAAUGACAGAAGUGCCAUGGACACUAUCAACAAAGCUUCCUCAAUCAAGCACUCAAACUAUAAGUAUAUUUUCAAGUCAAAGUGUAGAUGAAGACAAAACAUCUGAAGAAUAUACAAGGACGCUAUCGAUUUCUCCCCUUCAAUCAAGUACAAUGGCAAAUAGUUUACCUACAGUUUCGAGUGCAGAAGAUCAAACAAUUCAAGAGGAAACAACGGAAUUUUCAACAUCUUUACCUCAAUCCACAACAGAAGAAAGCAGUUCAAGUCAAGAAUCCAGUGCAGAAGAAAAUCAAAUGACAGAAGUGCCAUGGACACUAUCAACAAAGCUUCCUCAAUCAGGCACUCAAACUAUAAGUAUAUUUUCAAGUCAAAGUGCAGAUGAAGAUAAAACAUCUGAAGAAUAUACAAGGACGCUAUCGAUUUCUCCCCUUCAAACAAGUACAAUGGCAAAUAGUUUACCUACAGUUUCGAGUGCAGAAGAUCAAACAAUUCAAGACGAAACAACGGAAUUUUUAACUUCUUUACCUCAAUCCACAACAGAAGAAAGCAGCUCAAAUCAAGAAUCCAGUGCAGAAGAAAAUCAAAUGACAGAAGUGCCAUGGACACUAUCAACAAAGCUUCCUCAAUCAAGCACUCAAACUAUAAGUAUAUUUUCAAGUCAAAGUGUAGAUGAAGAUAAAACAUCUGAAGAAUAUACAAGGACGCUAUCGAUUUCUCCCCUUCAAUCAAGUACAAUGGCAAAUAGUUUACCUACAGUUUCGAGUGCAGAAGAUCAAACAAUUCAAGAGGAAACAACGGAAUUUUUAACAUCUUUACCUCAAUCCACAACAGAAGAAAGCAGUUCAAGUCAAGAAUCCAGUGCAGAAGAAAAUCAAAUGACAGAAGUGCCAUGGACACUAUCAACAAAGCUUCCUCAAUCAGGCACUCAAACUAAAAGUAUAUUUUCAAGUCAAAGUGUAGAAGAAGAUAAAACAUCUGAAGAAUAUACAAGGACGCUAUCGAUUUCUCCCCUUCAAACAAGUACAAUGGCAAAUAGUUUACCUACAGUUUCGAGUGCAGAAGAUCAAACAAUUCAAAAGGAAACAACGGAAUUUUUAACAUCUUUACCUCAAUCCACAACAGAAGAAAGCAGUUCAAGUCAAGAAUCCAGUGCAGAAGAAAAUCAAAUGACAGAAGUGCCAUGGACACUAUCAACAAAGCUUCCUCAAUCAGGCACUCAAACUAUAAGUAUAUUUUCAAGUCAAAGUGUAGAUGAAGAUAAAACAUCUGAAGAAUAUACAAGGACGCUAUCGGUUUCUCCCCUUCAAUCAAGUACAAUGGCAAAUAGUUUACCUACAGUUUCGAGUGCAGAAGAUCAAACAAUUCAAAAGGAAACAACGGAAUUUUUAACAUCUUUACCUCAAUCGACAACAGAAGAAAGCAGUUCAAGUCAAGAAUCCAGUGCAGAAGAAAAUCAAAUGACAGAAGUGCCAUGGACACUAUCAACAAAGCUUCCUCAAUCAGGCACUCAAACUAUAAGUAUAUUUUCAAGUCACAGUGCAGAUGAAGAUAAAACAUCUGAAGAAUAUACAAGGACGCUAUCGAUUUCUCCCCUUCAAACAAGUACAAUGGCAAAUAGUUUACCUACAGUUUCGAGUGCAGAAGAUCAAACAAUUCAAGACGAAACAACGGAAUUUUUAACUUCUUUACCUCAAUCCACAACAGAAGAAAGCAGCUCAAAUCAAGAAUCCAGUGCAGAAGAAAAUCAAAUGACAGAAGUGCCAUGGACACUAUCAACAAAGCUUCCUCCAUCAAGCACUGCAACUAUAAGUAUAUUUUCAAGUCAAAGUGUAGAUGAAGAUAAAACAUCUGAAGAAUAUACAAGGACGCUAUCGAUUUCUCCCCUUCAAUCAAGUACAAUGGCAAAUAGUUUACCUACAGUUUCCAGGGCAGAAGAUCAAACAAUUCAAGAGGAAACAACGGAAUUUUUAACAUCUUUACCUCAAUCCACAACAGAAAAAAGCAGUUCAAGUCAAGAAUCCAGUGCAGAAGAAAAUCAAAUGAGUACAGGACAAUAUCAAACAUCCCAAAAUGAAAUGGGAAGUCAAUCGCAAUCUGUUUCUCCAUUAAGUACAGUAUUUAGUGAUCUAAUCGAAAUUUCAAACACAGACAAAGAUCAUCCAACGCAAGACGACUUAGAAAAGGUAUCAAAAUCCCUACUUCAAUUGAGUACAACAUUUCGUAGUCUACCAGGAAUACCAAACACAGGAAUAAGCCCCCUAACGCUAGAGGAAAAGGAACAACAGUCAAAGUCUUUACCUUCCUUAGGUACAAUAUCAAACUUUCAAUUUGAACAAUCAAGUUCUCUUGGCUGUGAUUGUACUUGCCAAUUGGAAAUAGGAAAAGACUCGUGUAUCUGCGAAUGCAACCUUAAAGGAAGUACUUCAGAAGUCUCGGAAAGUGUAACAGCAAGUGCAGCAUCGAUUUCUGUCUCUCAAUCAAGUACAAUGGCAAAUAGUUUACCUACAGUUUCGAGUGCAGAAGAUCAAACAAUUCAAGAGGAAACAACGGAAUUUUCAACAUCUUUACCUCAAUCCACAACAGAAGAAAGCAGUUCAAGUCAAGAAUCCAGUGCAGAAGAAAAUCAAAUGACAGAAGUGCCAUGGACACUAUCAACAAAGAUUCCUCAAUCAAGCACUCAAACUAUAAGUAUAUUUUCAAGUCAAAGUGUAGAUGAAGAUAAAACAUAUGAAGAAUAUAAAAGGACGCUAUCGAGUUCUCCCCUUCAAUCAAGUACAAUGGCAAAUAGUUUACCUACAGUUUCGAGUGCAGAAGAUCAAACAAUUCAAGAGGAAACAACGGAAUUUUUAACAUCUUUACCUCAAUCGACAACAGAAGAAAGCAGUUCAAGUCAAGAAUCCAGUGCAGAAGAAAAUCAAAUGACAGAAGUGCCAUGGACACUAUCAACAAAGCUUCCUCAAUCAGGCACUCAAACUAUAAGUAUAUUUUCAAGUCAAAGUGUAGAUGAAGAUAAAACAUCUGAAGAAUAUACAAGGACGCUAUCGAUUUCUCCCCUUCAAACAAGUACAAUGGCAAAUAGUUUACCUACAGUUUCGAGUGCAGAAGAUCAAACAAUUCAAAAGGAAACAACGGAAUUUUUAACAUCUUUACCUCAAUCGACAACAGAAGAAAGCAGUUCAAGUCAAGAAUCCAGUGCAGAAGAAAAUCAAAUGACAGAAGUGCCAUGGACACUAUCAACAAAGCUUCCUCAAUCAGGCACUCAAACUAUAAGUAUAUUUUCAAGUCAAAGUGCAGAUGAAGAUAAAACAUCUGAAGAAUAUACAAGGACGCUAUCGAUUUCUCCCCUUCAAACAAGUACAAUGGCAAAUAGUUUACCUACAGUUUCGAGUGCAGAAGAUCAAACCAUUCAAGACAAUAAAACAUCUGAAGAAUAUAAAAGGACGCUAUCCAGUUCUCCCCUUCAAUCAAGUACAAUGGCAAAUAGUUUACCUACAGUUUCGAGUGCAGAAGAUCAAACAAUUCAAGAGGAAACAACGGAAUUUUUAACAUCUUUACCUCAAUCGACAACAGAAGAAAGCAGUUCAAGUCAAGAAUCCAGUGCAGAAGAAAACCAAAUGACAGAAGUGCCAUGGACACUAUCAACAAAGCUUCCUCAAUCAGGCACUCAAACUAUAAGUAUAUUUUCAAGUCAAAGUGUAGAUGAAGAUAAAACAUCUGAAGAAUAUACAAGGACGCUAUCGAUUUCUCCCCUUCAAACAAGUACAAUGGCAAAUAGUUUACCUACAGUUUCGAGUGCAGAAGAUCAAACCAUUCAAGACAAUAAAACAUCUGAAGAAUAUAAAAGGACGCUAUCCAGUUCUCCCCUUCAAUCAAGUACAAUGGCAAAUAGUUUACCUACAGUUUCGAGUGCAGAAGAUCAAACAAUUCAAGAGGAAACAACGGAAUUUUUAACAUCUUUACCUCAAUCGACAACAGAAGAAAGCAGUUCAAGUCAAGAAUCCAGUGCAGAAGAAAACCAAAUGACAGAAGUGCCAUGGACACUAUCAACAAAGCUUCCUCAAUCAGGCACUCAAACUAUAAGUAUAUUUUCAAGUCAAAGUGUAGAUGAAGAUAAAACAUCUGAAGAAUAUACAAGGACGCUAUCGAUUUCUCCCCUUCAAACAAGUACAAUGGCAAAUAGUUUACCUACAGUUUCGAGUGCAGAAGAUCAAACAAUUCAAAAGGAAACAACGGAAUUUUUAACAUCUUUACCUCAAUCGACAACAGAAAAAAGCAGUUCAAGUCAAGAAUCCAGUGCAGAAGAAAAUCAAAUGACAGAAGUGCCAUGGACACUAUCAACAAAGCUUCCUCAAUCAGGCACUCAAACUAUAAGUAUAUUUUCAAGUCAAAGUGAAGAUGAAGAUAAAACAUCUGAAGAAUAUACAAGGACGCUAUCGAUUUCUCCCCUUCAAACAAGUACAAUGGCAAAUAGUUUACCUACAGUUUCGAGUGCAGAAGAUCAAACAAUUCAAGACGAAACAACGGAAUUUUUAACUUCUUUACCUCAAUCCACAACAGAAGAAAGCAGCUCAAUUCAAGAAUCGAGUGCAGAAAAAAAUCAAAUGACAGAAGUGCCAUGGACACUAUCAACAAAGCUUCCUCAAUCAAGCACUCAAACUAUAAGUAUAUUUUCAAGUCAAAGUGUAGAUGAAGAUAAAACAUCUGAAGAAUAUACAAGGACGCUAUCGAUUUUUCCCCUACAAUCAAGUACAAUGGCAAAUAGUUUACCUACAGUUUCGAGUGCAGAAGAUCAAACAAUUCAAAAGGAAACAACGGAAUUUUUAACAUCUUUACAUCAAUCGGCAACAGAAGAAAGCAGUUUAAGUCCAGAAUCCAGUGCAGAAGAAAAUCAAAUGACAGAAGUUCCAUUUACGCUAUCAACAAAGCUUCCUCAAUCAAGCACUCAAACUAUAAGUAUAUUUUCAAGUCAAAGUGCAGAUGAAGAUAAAACAUCUGAAGAAUAUACAAGGACGCUAUCGAUUUCUCCCCUUCAAACAAGUACAAUGGCAAAUAGUUUACCUACAAUUUCGAGUGCAGAAGAUCAAACAAUUCAAGACGAAACAACGGAAUUUUUAACUUCUUUACCUCAAUCCACAACAGAAGAAAGCAGCUCAAUUCAAGAAUCGAGUGCAGAAAAAAAUCAAAUGACAGAAGUGCCAUGGACACUAUCAACAAAGCUUCCUCAAUCAGGCACUCAAACUAUAAGUAUAUUUUCAAGUCAAAGUGCAGAUGAAGAUAAAACAUCUGAAGAAUAUACAAGGACGCUAUCGGUUUCUCCCCUUCAAUCAAGUACAAUGGCAAAUAGUUUUCCUACAGUUUCGAGUGCAGUCGAUCAAACAUUUCAAGAGGAAACAACGGAAUUUUUAACAUCUUCACCUCAAUCCACAACAGAAGAAAGCAGUUCAAAUCAAGAAUCCAGUGCAGAAGAAAACCAAAUGACAGAAGUUCCAUUUACGCUAUCAACAAAGCUUCCUCAAUCAAGCACUCAAACUAUAGGUAUAUUUUCAAGUCAAAGUGCAGAUGAAGAUAAAACAUCUGAAGAAUAUACAAGGACGCUAUCGAUUUCUCCCCUUCAAACAAGUACAAUGGCAAAUAGUUUACCUACAGUUUCGAGUGCAGAAGAUCAAACAAUUCAAGACGAAACAACGGAAUUUGUAACUUCUUUACCUCAAUCCACAACAGAAGAAAGCAGCUCAAAUCAAGAAUCCAGUGCAGAAGAAAAUCAAAUGACAGAAGUGCCAUGGACACUAUCAACAAAGCUUCCUCAAUCAAGCACUCAAACUAUAAGUAUAUUUUCAAGUCAAAGUGUAGAUGAAGAUAAAACAUCUGAAGAAUAUAAAAGGACGCUAUCGAGUUCUCCCCUUCAAUCAAGUACAAUGGCAAAUAGUUUACCUACAGUUUCGAGUGCAGAAGAUCAAACAAUUCAAGAGGAAACAACGGAAUUUUUAACAUCUUUACCUCAAUCCACAACAGAAGAAAGCAGCUCAAUUCAAGAAUACAGUGCAGAAAAAAAUCAAAUGACAGAAGUGCCAUGGACACUAUCAACAAAGCUUCCUCAAUCAAGCACUCAAACUAUAAGUAUUUUUUCAAGUCAAAGUGUAGAUGAAGAUAAAACAUCUGAAGAAUAUACAAGGACGCUAUCGAUUGAAGAUCAAACAAUUCAAAAGGAAACAACGGAAUUUUUAACAUCUUUACAUCAAUCGGCAACAGAAGAAAGCAGUUCAAGUCCAGAAUUCAGUGCAGAAGAAAAUCAAAUGACAGAAGUGCCAUGGCCACUAUCAACAAAGCUUCCUCAAUCAGGCACUCAAACUAUAAGUAUAUUUUCCAGUCAAAGUGUAGAUGAAGAUAAAACAUCUGAAGAAUAUACAAGGACGCUAUCGGUUUCUCCCCUUCAAUCAAGUACAAUGGCAAAUAGUUUUCCUACAGUUUCGAGUGCAGUCGAUCAAACAUUUCAAGAGGAAACAACGGAAUUUUUAACAUCUUCACCUCAAUCCACAACAGAAGAAAGCAGUUCAAAUCAAGAAUCCAGUGCAGAAGAAAACCAAAUGACAGAAGUUCCAUUUACGCUAUCAACAAAGCUUCCUCAAUCAAGCACUCAAACUAUAAGUAUAUUUUCAAGUCAAAGUGCAGAUGAAGAUAAAACAUCUGAAGAAUAUACAAGGACGCUAUCGAUUUCUCCCCUUCAAACAAGUACAAUGGCAAAUAGUUUACCAACAGUUUCGAGUGCAGAAGAUCAAACAAUUCAAGACGAAACAACGGAAUUUUUAACUUCUUUACCUCAAUCCACAACAGAAGAAAGCAGCUCAAAUCAAGAAUCCAGUGCAGAAGAAAAUCAAAUGACAGAAGUGCCAUGGACACUAUCAACAAAGCUUCCUCAAUCAAGCACUCAAACUAUAAGUAUAUUUUCAAGUCAAAGUGUAGAUGAAGAUAAAACAUCUGAAGAAUAUAAAAGGACGCUAUCGAGUUCUCCCCUUCAAUCAAGUACAAUGGCAAAUAGUUUACCUACAGUUUCGAGUGCAGAAGAUCAAACAAUUCAAGAGGAAACAACGGAAUUUGUAACAUCUUUACCUCAAUCCACAACAGAAGAAAGCAGCUCAAUUCAAGAAUCCAGUGCAGAAAAAAAUCAAAUGACAGAAGUGCCAUGGACACUAUCAACAAAGUUUCCUCAAUCAAGCACUCAAACUAUAAGUAUUUUUUCAAGUCAAAGUGUAGAUGAAGAUAAAACAUCUGAAGAAUAUACAAGGACGCUAUCGAUUUUUCCCCUACAAUCAAGUACAAUGGCAAAUAGUUUACCUACAGUUUCGAGUGCAGAAGAUCAAACAAUUCAAAAGGAAACAACGGAAUUUUUAACAUCUUUACAUCAAUCGGCAACAGAAGAAAGCAGUUCAAGUCCAGAAUCCAGUGCAGAAGAAAAUCAAAUGACAGAAGUGCCAUGGCCACUAUCAACAAAGCUUCCUCAAUCAGGCACUCAAACUAUAAGUAUAUUUUCCAGUCAAAGUGUAGAUGAAGAUAAAACAUCUGAAGAAUAUACAAGGACGCUAUCGGUUUCUCCCCUUCAAUCAAGUACAAUGGCAAAUAGUUUUCCUACAGUUUCGAGUGCAGUCGAUCAAACAUUUCAAGAGGAAACAACGGAAUUUUUAACAUCUUCACCUCAAUCCACAACAGAAGAAAGCAGUUCAAAUCAAGAAUCCAGUGCAGAAGAAAACCAAAUGACAGAAGUUCCAUUUACGCUAUCAACAAAGCUUCCUCAAUCAAGCACUCAAACUAUAAGUAUAUUUUCAAGUCAAAGUGUAGAUGAAGAUAAAACAUCUGAAGAAUAUACAAGGACGCUAUCGAUUUCUCCCCUUCAAACAAGUACAAUGGCAAAUAGUUUACCUACAGUUUCGAGUGCAGAAGAUCAAACAAUUCAAGGGGAAACAACGGAAUUUUUAACUUCUUUAGCUCAAUCCACAACAGAAGAAAGCAGUUCAAAUCAAGAAUCCAGUGCAGAAGAAAAUCAAAUGACAGAAGUGCCAUGGACACUUUCAACAAAGCUUCCUCAAACUAUAGGUAUAUUUUCCAGUCAAAGUGUAGAUGAAGAUAAAACAUCUGAAGAAUAUACAAGGACGCUAUCGAUUUCUUCCCUUCAAACAAGUACAAUGGCAAAUAGUUUACCUACAGUUUCGAGUGCAGAAGAUCAAACAAUUCAAGGGGAAACAACGGAAUUUUUAACUUCUUUAGCUCAAUCCACAACAGAAGAAAGCAGUUCAAAUCAAGAAUCCAGUGCAGAAGAAAAUCAAAUGACAGAAGUGCCAUGGACACUAUCAACAAAGCUUCCUCAAACUAUAGGUAUAUUUUCCAGUCAAAGUGUAGAUGAAGAUAAAACAUCUGAAGAAUAUACAAGGACGCUAUCGAUUUCUUCCCUUCAAUCAAGUACAAUGGCAAAUAGUUUUCCUACAGUUUCGAGUGCAGUCGAUCAAACAUUUCAAGAGGAAACAACGGAAUUUUUAACAUCUUCACCUCAAUCCACAACAGAAGAAAGCAGUUCAAAUCAAGAAUCCAGUGCAGAAGAAAACCAAAUGACAGAAGUUCCAUUUACGCUAUCAACAAAGCUUCCUCAAUCAAGCACUCAAACUAUAAGUAUAUUUUCAAGUCAAAGUGUAGAUGAAGAUAAAACAUCUGAAGAAUAUACAAGGACGCUAUCGAUUUCUCCCCUUCAAACAAGUACAAUGGCAAAUAGUUUACCUACAGUUUCGAGUGCAGAAGAUCAAACAAUUCAAGAGAAAACAAAGGAAUUUUUAACUUCUUUACCUCAAUCCACAACAGAAGAAAGCAGUUCAAGUCAAGAAUCCAGUGCAGAAGAAAAUCAAAUGACAGAAGUGCCAUGGACAUUAUCAACAAAGCUUCCUCAAUCAAGCACUCAGACUUUAAGUAUAUUUUCAAGUCAAAGUGUAGAUGAAGAUAAAACAUCUGAAGAAUAUACAAGGACGCUAUCGAUUUCUUCCCUUCAAACAAGUACAAUGGCAAAUAGUUUACCUACAGUUUCGAGUGCAGAAGAUCAAACAAUUCAAGGGGAAACAACGGAAUUUUUAACUUCUUUAGCUCAAUCCACAACAGAAGAAAGCAGUUCAAAUCAAGAAUCCAGUGCAGAAGAAAAUCAAAUGACAGAAGUGCCAUGGACACUAUCAACAAAGCUUCCUCAAUCAAGUACAAAAACUAAAAGUGUGUUUUCAAGUCAAAGUGUUGAUGAAGAUACAAGGACACUGCCGAUUUCACACCUUCAAUCAAGUACAAUGGCAAAAGAUGAAACAUCACAAGAAGAUACAAGAACUCUAUCGAUUUCUCUCCAGCAGCCAAGUUCAAUAGCAAGUCAUACACAAGAUAUUCCUAGUGCAGAAGAGAAUCAAAUAAUUCUAAAGGAGACCAGUGAGUUAACUACAAUUUCAAGUACAGAACUUAUAACACAAAAUAAAACAAAGGACCUGACGAAAUCUCAAUUUUCAAGUACUCAAAGAUAUCAAGAAAGUAGUAAAGAAAUUGUGACCUCUAAGUCUAUGCGUUUAUUAAGUACACCACUAAUUUCUAAAUUAAAAUCGUCGACGUUAUCAACUGUUAAAAGUAAAGUUACCACUGAAACAACAACUGAGUAUUUUAUUUUCAACAGCAAUACUUCGACUGAUUUCCUGCCUAUACAUAAUACAAUGACAGAAUCUGUUUCACAAUUGUCAAAUCCAGUUAGUGGGCUUUCUGAAUUACCAAGUUUGCUUUCAACAAGUCAACAAACUCUGGAAAUUAUAGGAAAUGUAUCAAGCACUCAACAUGAAAUUGUUUCUCAUAGCUUAACUAAUCCAGUGAUGACCGAGAUCGUUGAUUCAUCUCUACCCUUAGAUUUAAUUACUAUCUCGCAAGAAAUACCAAGUUCACCGAAAAGUGAAGAUAGCUUUGAAACAGAUGACAUUGCUAUACAACCAUCUUUAACUGGGAUACCGAGCCAUCUAAAUAAUUAUACGAAAGAAGCCAUCAGUAAUACGAGUUUUACUACAAUAUUAAGCGAUGAGGUCACCGGAACGAUAACGACAGACACGAAUGCAAAUUCUUUAGACUAUAUAACCUAUAUAGAUUCAGAAUAUACAUUACAAAGUUUUACUUAUCCAGAAAUAAAAACCACAACAACAAAAAUUCAAACAACUACAUCUGAUAAAUCUGAUAAAUCAGAAGCAAUGGGACACGAAGAACAGACAGAAACAUUCCCUUCCUUAAUGGUCAGUACAACAGAUGCCGCUAUUACUAAACAAUCGCAAACAAUAAAUUUAUACUCAGAAGAAUUUAGUACUGAAGGAAUCGAGACAAUACCCACAUAUUCAAUUACACCAAUAAGUUCAAGUUAUCCAGAACAAAAAUCUAAAACUGCACAAACCGCACAAACUGCACAAAUAUCAAAACCGGAUAAAAAUCAGUCAGAACAUACGCUUAGCUCUCUUUCUGAAUUAUCAUCGACGAUCAGAGACUCGGAUAUUUCCAGCUCUAAGGAAAUCACAAUGAAUAGUGAAAAUACUGAAAACAUAAGUUGGAAAACUACAAAUACGUUCUUAGUAAAUACAAGUAAUACAGCAGUUACAACAUUGCCUACCACCGAGACUUCAGAUGUGCUAACAACAGAAACUACUGAAACUACUUCCGAGGAACCGCUUUGUUUGUGUACUUGCGUAAUUGAUCCCGAUGAGGAUAUUUGCUCGUGUAAUUGCAAAAUUACGAAGAGUACACCGACAGCAAAAACUACUUCAAAGAAUACUCAGUGGGAUAGUUCCUCUACAAAAUCGCUUGGACAAGAAGGGAUAAGAAACCAAACCAGUGUUGUGCACACUACGAAGUACUCUACAACCGAUAAAUUUUUGUCAAAGGAACCUACAAAAACCCUUACAUUUUCAAAGUUAAGUCCUAAGCAAAAUAUAACUGAGAAAAUUACAGUAGAGACUUUAUCGUUGAACUCUAAUAUUGAUAAGUCAACAACAUUGGCUCAGCAAUAUUCUGAUACUACGAAGUACUCCACAGCCGUCGGAUUUUUGUCGAAGGAACCCACAAAAACCGUUACAAUUUCAAAGUUAAGCCCUAAGCAAAAUAUUACUGAAAAAAGCACAAUAGAGAAUUUAUUGUUGCAUUCUAAUAUUAAGAAGUCAACAACACUAGCUCAGCAAUAUUCAAAUACGGACACUACGAAGUACUUCACAACAGUCGAAUUUUUGUCGAAGGAACCCACAAAUAAAACUUUAACCUUUUCAAAUUUAAGCACUAAACAAAAUAUUACUGAAAAGACCACAAUCGAGAGUUUAUCGGUGCAUUCUAAUAUUAAUAAGUCAACAACAUUAACUCAGCCAUACUCUAUUACGGAUACGGACACUACGAAGUAUUCCACAACCGUCGGACUUUUGUCGACGGAACCCACAAAAACUCUUACAUUUUCAAAGUUAAGUACCACACAAAAUAUUACUGGAAAGACCACAAUCAACAAUCAAUCAAUAACAUUAACUCAGCCAUUUUCUGAUACGGACACUACCAAGUACCCAACAACCGUCGGACUUUUGUCGACGGAACCCACAAAAAUCCUUACAUUUUCAAAGUUAAGUACCACACAAAAUAUUACUGGAAAGACCACAAUCGACAAUCAAUCAAAAACAUAUUCUGAUACGGACACUACCAAGUACUCCACAACCGUCGGAUUUUUGUCGAAGGAACCCACAAAUAAAACCUUUACCUUUUCAAAUUUAAGCACCAAACAAAAUAUUACUGAGAAGAGCACAAUUGAGAAUUUAUCGGUGCAUUCUAAUAUUAAUAAGUCAACAACAUUAACUCAGCCAUACUCUAUUACGGAUACGGACACUACGAAGUAUUCCACAACCGUCGGACUUUUGUCGACGGAACCCACAAAAAUUCUUACAUUUUCAAAGUUAAGCACCACACAAAAUAUUACUGGAAAGACCACAAUCGACAAUCAAUCAAAAACAUAUUCUGAUACGGACACUACCAAGUACUCCACAACCGUCGGAUUUUUGUCGAAGGAACCCACAAAUAAAACCUUUACCUUUUUAAAUUUAAGCACCAAACAAAAUAUUACUGAGAAGAGCACAAUUGAGAGUUUAUCGGUGCAUUCUUAUAUUGAUAACUCAACAAAAUUAACCCAGCCAUACUCUGAUACGGACACUACGAAGACCUCCACAACCGUCGGACUUUGGUCGAAGGAACCCACAAAAACCCUUACAUUUUCAAAGUUAAGCACUAAACAAAAAAUUACUGAGAAAAGCACGAUAGAGAAUUUAUCGUUGAAUUCUAAUAUUGAUAAGUCAACUACAUUAACUCAACCAUAUUCUGAUAUGGACAUUACGAAGUACUCUACAACCGUCGGACUUUUGUCGACGAAACCUACAAAAACUCUUACAUUUUCAAAGCUUAGACCGCCCGAGCACAUCAGCACCAAUAUAAAUUUUACUGGGAAAGACACAACCGAAUAUACGAUAUCAAAAUCCAGUAAUGAGAAUGAUAGUGCUAGCCACUUGAUCUCGACAAGUGAUAGUUUUAUAGUGACAGCAAGCUCACAGCCCACAGAAGUUGAUGUGUGGAAGGAGAUUGACAAAAGACUUGAUGAUCUACAAAAUAAGUAUACGAUUCGAGAAAACAACUCUUUGGAAAAUUCGGAAUUUAGAGAACAAUUCAGUAAGAUAGACUCGUCGAUACAUUUGGGUAAACUUCCGGGUAAUAUUAGAGCUAGCCUUUACGCAAAUUUUACGAUUUACGACAAAAUGAGAAUCGAGCUGGAAGCUAUGAUUUUAUUUAAGCUGAACAAAAUUUUGGAAAAUAUGAACGCAACGAAAUCGACUCCAGCGUGUAUUGAGUAUUAUAAAAAUAUGGCCAAAAAUGUAGUUGCAGGCUUGGCUAUGUCAAAUACUGAAAAGUGGAACAUAAUAAGAAAAAAUCACCUAAUUUGUCAUGUAAAUCAAAAUACAACGAACGCACCUAAACCAGCUCCACCCACCACUCAAACGAGUUCCCCAGGGACAAAAACUAUGGGAGGAUUUGCUUCAUAUUAUUGUAAUCAACAGAUAAUGAAUUUAAUCGUUACGAAGUAUUCUCUGAGCCCUAACAACGAAACGAUUCCCAUUUCACCCAAGGAUCCGUGCACUUCAAUACUAAAACAAAUUAGUAUAGCUCAUCCACAUAAUGAAACCAGUCACAGUGCGGAAUUUAAUACCAUAGUUGCAAAGAUAAGGACGGCAAUCAAACAGGAUUGGAUAACUAACAAAAAAGCAUUGUUAAUAAGGGAAUACUUGGAGUUUGAAAAAUUGCGAAAAUAUCUCGAUCAUAUUUUGGUGGGUAAGAUUGAGGAAUGCGAUAUGCGACUUGCAGUAGUUAAAAGUAGAAAGUGUUGGAACUAUUACACAAAACUGAAAGUGAUGUUCCAUAAGGCAAUGCAAGAGACGAGUGCCAGAAAACAGUAUUUAAUAGGUAAUAUAUCGAUGGUAUGCAGUGAUAACAGCGUGUGAACAGAUCAUUUGUAAAUGUGAAAAUAAAUACAAUGGCUUAAGAAU